AUGACCCGAUCCCCCAUCUUCUAUCACUUCUUCCGGAAUCCACUCCCUUACACUCGGACACUUGCGCUUCAGGAACACCUUCAUCAAAUUCAGCUACAACGUCGUCGUAGUCUUCCGGGGGAAACAAGGGAUCUUCUCUUGUUGCUGGAACAUAGGCCCGUGUAUACCGCUGGUCGUCGCCAGACAGAACAUGAUGAAUCCGUCAGAGGAGAGCGGGAUCGACUGAUAAGCCUUGGUGCAGCCUUCGAAUUGACCAAAAGAGGGGGAGAGUUGACUUAUCAUGGUCCUGGUCAAGUGGUGGGAUACCCUUUACUGGACCUGAGCCAUGCUGGACCUUCAUCUACAACACUAUCAAUACGGGACUACAUCUGUCUUUUACAACGUACCCUCACUUCACAUCUCAAGGCGCACAAAAUCUCAACAUCCACUUCUGAACACACCGGGGUUUUUCUUGACGAAUCAACUAAAAUUGCAUCCAUCGGUGUACAGGUCCGACAUAGGCUGACUACGCACGGGUUUGCUAUGAAUAUUACACGAGAACCGGAGAAGUGGUUUGAGAGGGUGGUUGCAUGUGGGUUAGUGGGUGUUAGGGCUGGGUCUAUCGAAGGUGCUCUGGAACGUCAAAAUCGAGUUCAAAAUGAGAUGACAGUUGCGACAGAGAUUCCAGACUUGAUUAAGCAUUUUGGCAAGGUGUUUGGGCGGGAAUUGGUGGAAUUGGAUUUCGGCAAAGGAGGAGAGAUAGAAGAUGCGAUUCAGGAAAUGGAGAAAGAGGCUACAGAAUUGGGUGAAUGGCCGAGGGCGCCGAUGGAGUAG